AGUGGUAGAAUUAAGGGGCAGAGUUGCAUCCUUUUGAGUUUUGAGUUGGGAGCACACACGCUUCCACAAAGACAAACACAAACACAAAAGCAAGAUCUCGAAAAAAUAAAAGGGAAAAAAACGAAGAAGAAUAUGUGCGACGCUUUGCGUUGUUGAUAUAUAGCCCCAACAAGAAGAAGCAACAAACAGUGCAUGAAAAUCAAUGGCGGAGGAGAAAAGAGAAGAGCAAGCGCACCCCAACAACGCAUCCUCCACCACCAUGCCAUUCUCCGACGAGAUUCCCAACAAUAACUUCACUUUCCCUUUCCAACCACCCACCGUCUUCGACGCCAUGCCACCCUCUUCCUCCUCCUCCCACUACAAGCCCUCCUAUGGCUUCAUGGACUUGCUCGCCGUCCACGACUACAACGCCCCGCUAUUCGACUGGCUCCCCUGCGCCGCCGACCACGACCACGUCUUCCACCACCAUGCUCCGUCGCCGGACGUCCCGGACUCCUCCGAGGUGCUGAACACGCCGCCCUCGCCCAAUUUGUCUUCGAUUUCCUCCUCUUCCAAUGAGGCCACCGCCACAGUCAGCAACAACGUGGAACAACACAGUGGUAAACCUCCGAAUAUUGAACAGGCAGAGGAAGAGGGUGGUAAUGGAGUCAGAGAUGAGCAAGAUCAAGACAAGACUGAUAAACAGGUGAAACCGAAGAAGAAGAAGCAAAAGAAGCAAAGAGAAGCGAGAUUUGCGUUCAUGACGAAGAGCGAGAUUGAUCACUUAGACGAUGGGUAUAAGUGGCGCAAGUACGGGCAAAAAGCUGUGAAAAACAGCCCUUAUCCCAGGAGCUACUACCGUUGCACCAGCGCGGCUUGCGGCGUGAAGAAGCGCGUGGAGCGUUCCUCCGAAGACCCUUCCAUCGUGGUUACCACCUACGAGGGCACGCACACCCACCCUUGCCCUGCUUCCUCACGGGCCACCUUCGCCUUCCUUCCCCACCCUCCUCCCACCGCCGCUUCUUUCGCUUCCCCUCACUUUCUCCUCCCACCUCACCACCAACCCUCGCCUUUUAGCUCCACCACUAACUACAUCAACACCACCUCCUUCGCUCACCUUGGACACGACCCUUUGUCCAGAGACCAUGGCUUGCUUCAGGACAUUAUUGUCCCAACAAAUCUCAGGAAGGAGGAAAAGGAUUCAAUGUAGGUGAACAUUUUUGCUGCUUUUUUUUAUAUUUAUUCGCUUAAUUGGGGGAAAAUAUAUAUUCAUCAUCAUAUACUAAUUACUAUUAAUUGAUUUCAUUAUAUUAUAUGGUCUGUAUUGACUACUUCAGCUUCCUAUGGUUUGUACUUUGUAAUGCUCUAACUCGUUUCAGAGGUUACUGUGGGACAAAACUUCCUCACCUACAUUUGAGUUCAUCCUAUAUAAGAAACUUUUGAAAUGACUAUUCAGUAUUGCCCUUGUAGCUUAUGGAGGGCCCGAGGCCCGAGCUCUUCUGAUUUUGUUAAUUUAAUUAUUAUUUGCAAUUCUUAUAUUUGUAUGGACUAUGCUUUGUAACUAGAGAUUAAUUUGUUCUAUGAUCAGACAUUUUUUUUUCUUGUC